AUGCCAGCGGGCGCCGACACGCAGGUGCCUCCUCCAGCACUGUCGAGCAUCAAUGCAGCUCCUGUUGCACGUCCCAAGAGACGGGCUGGCCGACGGCCAAAGACCUUUCGUUGCACCUUCUGCUCCCAGGUCUUCGGCCGAGCCGAACACCUCCGCCGUCAUGAAAUGUCACAUAAGAGAGAAAAACCAUUCGCCUGUCCCGCUUGCUCGCUCACUUCUGGCCGCAAAGAUGUCAUCGUCCGCCACGUCAAAACGUUCCAUCCAGACGUAGAACCGCGAGCAAUCGAGUACUUUGCCAGCGAAGCAGCCUCGACCCCUUCAACCUCGGUGCAAGGGAUACCAUCGACGUCGAGUGAUCUCUCCGAUGCCUUCGGAGCUCGAUUACCGAUCGAGGGCGGGCAUGCCAUGACAGAUCAUGAGGUCGUGCAAGAGGACGAGCAACCGGAUGCGCAUAUGAUAGACCCUGAGUUACCCCCGACUUCGCCACCUCAAGACCACGUGUUGCCCUCUAAUGAGUGGGCUCUAGUUGACCUCCUCCAGUGCCUAAAUUCCGAGGGGCCACUGGCGUUUGAUUAUCUAGGGGAUUGGGUCUUCCCACUGUCGACGGCCCUGGAAACAAGGACCAGUGAUUACACCGAGGGGACGACCGCCGUCUCGACAGAUUAUCGGACCGCAGCAGACGAUGCAGAAGAGGCCUGUCUCGCCGGCGAUGGCGCCCUUGGGGUAUCCACUGCCAGCAUUGGCAUGUUCAAGGCCAGUGUCCGCGCUUUGGACGUCGAUCAGAGGGUAAUUGGCCUGCGUCUACCGUCCAAAUUUCGUGCAAUGCGCUACAUCCGUGCCUAUUUCGACUACUUCUCGCCCCAUGCACCCAUAUUGCCCAUGCAGACAUUUAGCAUGUGCACAGCACAUCCUAUCCUCGUUCUCGCCGUUUUGUCUUGUGGUGCAUUCCAUGUUCACGAACACGAUAACGGCGUUGCGCUUUACGACGCAGCCCUGCAAGUUUUGGAUCAAUCCGACAGCCGCGGCCUGUCCGGCGUGAAUCACUUGGACGUGAAUGUCUGGGAGCUCCAAGCACGCUUGAUCCUCUGCCAGCUUGGAGCUUUCAGUGGGAGCGCAACCAUGGAGCGAUCAUCCUAUGAGGCGUUUCCGAAAGCGAUUUUGAACAUGCAGCGAGCGAGCCGUCUGGUCCCGAAUCUCCCCCUGGAUUCGUGGGACCUCUGGAUACAUCGGGAGACUAUUAUCCGGUGCAUAUGCUACGGAAUUGUCUUGUCAGCAGUCCUGACCUCCCACGAUCCAGAGACUUUUUUCGUUUUCCAGACCCUUGAAGAAGACACACCCCUACCGGUCGACGAGGCUGACUGGACUGCGCCUGCAACGUCGUGGCGAGCACCACCUCAGCAGCUUCAUUCUACUUUCUCUACUGGACGUGCCCUCCUACGUGACGAGGAUAUCCCGGGUGUCAUCAGUUCUUUUGGUCUUCUGACACUCGUUGGAAUCCUCUUACGUCACGUCUGCGUGACCGAGUCGCUUAUGGUCUCUAUCAAGCUGGACAAGUCUGCAUACUCGGCACGUGGGUUCGAGGCAAGCUUGAAGAGAUGGGAAGAGAAGUGGCAGAGCCAUCCGCAUAGUAGCCGCCUUCCUAGUUCCAGCCAUGGUCCAUUGGCGGCAGAUGCGACUUGUCUCCUAAAUUCUGCCUACUACCACCUUCACGGCAGCCGUCAGCUGAGGCAAAUGAAACGAGCUUUGCUGUCAGGCUCCGCCGAUUCCUGGCCUAACGAUGACAGUGCUUUCGUCGAAUCCGCCCAAUUGCCCGGUCUCAACAGUAUUCUCGUUCGAGCCGCCAAGUCGCUUCGCCUUGGGCAGUAG